AUGGAUACAAGCACCACAUGUAAUGCCACUGGAGAUGAUGAUCCUAUGCCUCUCUGCCGUGAUGUUAGUACACAGUGUUGUAUCAAUGCGAGAACGCUAGUGAAUGCUGAAACCCAAACAAAUGAAUCUUUUACUAGUACUUAUUGUCUUUCUUCUGAUUCCCAACCACCACCUGAAAAUAUCAACACUCAUUUAGUAGACCACAAUUAUUAUGCAGACCACCAACAUUUUUUUGAUAACCCAGAAGUAGAACAAGCUGCAGGACAUGCUAUGGAAGAGCAAAAGGAUAUUCUCACAGAAAUAGAUUUCAACAUUUAUGACCUUGAAACAAAGUCUAAUACUACAAGUGAUAAUGAACAAGAUCAAGACUAUCUACCACAAAGUGAUUCACAAUCAGAUGACUUAAGCCAAAAUGAAACUGAUUACAAUCCAGCCAUGUUGUCAAAGACCAAGAAUUUUAUUGUUAAUGAGAAAGAACUGGAUAAACUUUUUAGCUUAUGCUCAACAUGUGGACAAGCUGUAGUUGAAAUGAAGAAAAUUACUAAAGGUAGCAUGUUAUGCAUAAAAGCAACAUGCCUUAAUGGGCACACUAAAGAAUGGAAUUCACAACCAUAUGUGGAUGAAAUGCCAUUAGGUAAUAUACUUAUUCCAGCAGCUGUUUUGCUAACUGGAAAUACAUUUGCUCCUAUAAGUCAUUUUGCUGCUUGCCUCAAUUUGCAAUUUGUCAGCAAAGCCACCUUCCACAAAAUUCAGGAUAAAUAUGUUAUCCCAGUGGUUCACAAUAGCUGGCACAACCAUAAAAAACAAGUACUGAAAGACAUCAAGAACCAGAAAACUCCAGUAAAUGUUGCAGGAGACGGUCGGUCUGAUAGUCCAGGUCAUUCGGCAAAGUAUGGGACAUACUCACUUAUGGAUGAAUCAUCCGGGAAGGUAAUUGACUUCAGUCUUGUACAAGUGACAGAAGUUUCUUCUUCAAACGCCAUGGAAUAUGAGGGUUGCAAACGGUCCUUAAAAAAGCUUAUUAAAAACAAGAUACCUGUACGAUGUCUAACAACUGACCGUCAUGUUACCAUUACAGCUAGAAUGAAGUCUGAUUUUCCAAAAAUCAAACACCAGUAUGAUGUUUGGCACUUGUCAAAGUCUGUUACAAAGAAACUGACAAAGAAAGCCAAGAAGAAAUGCAAUGAAGACAUACUACCAUGGAUUCAGUCAGUUUCAAACCAUUUAUGGUGGAGUGUGUCUACAUGUGAUGAAGAUGUUUCAGUAAUGAAAGAGAAAUGGCUUUCAAUCAUUCACCAUGUUUCCAACAAACACA